CCCUUGUGCUGCUUUUUCUCCUUAGUAUUAUAAGUACCUAUAGACUUAUAAGAAGAUAAAUCAAAGAGGUUAUUUGAGAGAAGAAUAUGGCAGAAAAACUAGUGCAUAAAUCAUGGCUAAUUCAAUAUAAUUUGCAUUCUAUUUUAGGAUUCUUCCUCUUGUUCUUUCUUUCUGUGUCUUUUUAUCUUAUAGGAGAUAAUAGUGAUGGUGUUAGUUUUCUAGCAAAUAAAUCUACAAGGAAAAAUUCAUCUCCAAAAUGUGAUUUGUUUUCUGGAAGUUGGAUUUUUGAUAAUGUGUCAUAUCCUUUGUACAAAGAACAACAAUGUUCUUUCAUGCCUGAUGAUUUUGCUUGUCACAAAUUUGGAAGAAAAGACUCAAAAUAUCAUUAUUGGAGAUGGCAACCUUAUCAUUGUGAUCUUCCAAGGUUUAAUGCCAAGGGAUUAUUGGAGAAGCUAAAAGGGAAGAGAGUGUUGUUUGUUGGGGAUUCAUUGAACAAGAAUCAAUGGGCUUCUAUGGUAUGCUUAAUUGAAUCCUCUGGAAUUCCAUCUCUCAACCCACCUAUAUGGAAAGGCAACUUAAUCACCUUUGAGGUCAAGGAAUACAAUGCAACAAUUGAUUUCUACUGGUCACCAUUGCUAGUAGAAUCCAAUUGUGAUGAUCCGGUGAAGCAUCGUGUCCGCGAUCGAAUUAUCAGAGUUGAGGCCAUUGAAAAACAUGCUAGGCAUUGGAUUGAUGCAGAUAUUCUCAUCUUUGAUUCCUUCACUUGGUGGCUUGAAUCACAUAUGACACUUCAAUGGGGAUCGUUUAACAGCUCCGAUGCAAUAUACAAGAAGGUUGAAAUGAAGCUACGACGUUAUGAGAUGGCCUUAAGAACAUGGUCAGAUUGGUUGGAGUUUCAAAUUGAAAGAAAAAGGACUAAAUUGUUCUUCAUGAGCCUCUCGUCUUCUCACAAAAAUGGUACAGAUUGGGGCAGGGGAAAUGAUCAAAAUUGCUAUGACGAAACAGAACCAAUAUCAAGAAGAGAGUAUUGGGGGAGUGAAAGUGAUAGAAAGAUGAUGGAAAUAGCAGAGGAGUCUGUAAAUGGGCUGAAGAGAAAGGGAUUAGACAUACAAUAUCUCAACAUAACACAACUCUCCGAGUAUAGAAAAGACGGACACCCAUCCGUUUACAAGAGGAAUUGGGUUGCUCCAACAAAAGAACAACUGUUAAAUCCAAGGAAAAAUUCAGAUUGUGUACAUUGGUGCCUUCCUGGUGUGCCUGAUGUUUGGAAUCAGAUUCUUUAUGCCUAUAUCAUGGAUUCGUCAAGAGAAUUAAACGAAUAGAGAUUUUAUUUUUUUCUAUAUGAAAAAAAAUAAUACUAUAAUUGUAAUGAUAUAUGUUAUAUUUUGUGCAUAGAAGUCUUGAAAUGUAUGAAGUAGUUCAACAAGGUUUACAUUAAUUGUUAUACACAUUGAGAAGCAGUUGAUGUUUCAACAAAAGCAGGUGAAGUUGAAAGAAAGAGUCAUUACAAGAUAGUUAAAAAAAGAUUUGAUAAAGAAGAAGGAUUCACUAUCUCAUUAGUUCCAUCACCUUUUUAGAUGGAGCUCAGAAGAAAAUGGAGUUUGUAAAAAAUAGAUGGAUUAAAAGGCAUGGAACUGGCCAUGGACGCAUGGGGAAAUUGGAUAGAAUCCAAUGUGAAUGUAAUGAAGAAGCAAGUCUUUUUCCUCAAACAUUUGUCAUUAUGUUAACAAGGAAAUGGCGGUAAGGAAUGUUAGUUAACGAAUUGAUCCAUUACAGAAACAAGACUUCAUAUUUUUCCAAUGUACAACCAAGACUGCUGUUAAGUUUCUAGUUCAUUUGAAACA